AUGAGGAGUGCACACCGAUGGACUCACAACAUGAGAAGCGCCGAACGGGAAGUCAUCAAGAAAAGUGAAUCAAGAGAAUCAGAUAACGGCAGCUCGCACGGGAAGGAAAAGAAGGAGAAUAAGGAAAAGAGGGAAAAGGAUGCACGAAAGAAAACACAACAAUACACAAACGAACUGUGCGAAAUUCUCUCCUCCGAUGACAGCAAUCAACACAUUGAACAGGACACAGACAAUUUUAUUAUAGUGGAGCUCAUUUCAUACAUCGCUGGGAACUCCAGAAUUAUGACCUACUAUCCGAGCACCCGUGGAAGCAAAUCUGGUCAGAACAAGUACCUUCAUCACUUCUACAGCAAAAAGAGGAUCAAGCUGUAUUUGUGCCUCCACAAAAGGAGCAACGAAAUUUAUAUAUACAAGGUCGAGUCUAGGAAGGUCAAGAGGAGGGACACACAUCCAGGCAAUGGUGCCUGUUCACCUCCCGUUCCAGACUCCAUCUCUUUCCAUGGAGAGAACAUGAGAAAAGAAAAUGCAUUCAUGCACAGCGGUAAAGUCAAAAGUGAGCAACAAUAUCACGCACCUCCACCUCCCAAUGAAGAGCAUAACCCCAUCAUCAACGAAUUCACCUCGUCCUGCAAAGAAGAACCAACCCAUGACGACUGCAAAAGGGACAAGUAUAAAAUAAAAGUUGAAGAUAAAGCUAUACCAGUGUGCACUGAAAACCCUGACUUGAGAGAAAAAUGCACCAAAAAAAUGGUUGUCACAAAACUGUUUGAUAGCGUACACUGCAGCUACGACUUGUCCACCAUCGAAUUCACAAAAUUGAAUAACCCAGAUGAUAAAACCUUAAACUCGUUGAAAAGCAUUUUGGAGCAAAAGAUUAACAAAGGUGAGACGAGGAUAUCCGAUGCGGGCUAUUCCCGGGAGGGGGGUACUACUAAAAUGGACACUUCAAAAGGGACACUUCCAAGUAAAGGGGACACCCAACUUGACACUUCCAAUCUUAAUACUCUUUCGAAGGGCAUUCCUCCUAGUGAUCAUUCCUGCGCAAAAACAGAAGAGGCGGGAAAAAAUAUGACCCGUUCAGGCGAUAAUGAUAAUGCAUGUGACAGCCAAAUUAAAAUAUUAUUUCUUCUUUUUCGCGAGCCAGCAGACAUAUACAUGAACCAGUUUGCGGCUUUUGACCAAGGAAACGACGAAACGUGCAUGAAGGAAAUAAACGGGUUUUUGAAGGACGAGCAGCAGCAGCACCUCGAGAGGGAGUGCACAAAAGCUAAAAGAACAAACAAAUACGGAUCACAAAUCAAACAAAUCACACAUGACCAAGUUCCACAAAACUUCCUACAGAGUUACGAAAGUGACGUAAGCAUUUACAGCAACGACGUCUACUUUAGCGACACACAAGUUGUCACCAGGGAAAACGAACUCGAUAUGAAUGAGAAGAAAAAAAAAAAAAAAAGCAUUCCAGUUUUCACUCGAAGCCAUUUAAAAAUUAAGUGGCUUCUACUCAAUUUGAAUUUAACAAAAGAUGAAGAAGUGCUCAUACAAAAAUAUGUACUCUUGAAAAAAAACACCAUUAUGAGGUCCACCAAGUCUACCCACGACUCGAACGACCUGCACUCCAGUUUUUACAAAACGAAGAAAAGGUCCAACUGGGAAAAGGGAAAAUUUCCUAGGGAACAAUCUCAUUUGCUUAAGGGAGACACCACUUGUAAUGGAGGGAAACCCUACUCCACGCGUAGUACCAGAAAGGGUAACAACACACAAGUCAGUCAACAAAACAAAAAUAACACCGAAAAAAGCAGCAGCAAUGAGCCACACCAUGCUCAUCUAAGCAUGAAUGAUCGAGACGACAACAACCAUAAUGAGAACACUGUUAAGGACAAACUAACGGAGAGAAGCAACAAAUCCAUGUUCAUGAUUAAGUUAGAAGAUGAUGAGGUGAAGACCAGACGACAGGCAGGUGAUGUCCAUCAUGAGCAUGUGACAGUGGAGGACAAAAUGUCUUGCCAAGUGGGGGAGAUAAAUGUUGGCAAUCAGAACGACGAUUCUGCCGAGGUUGAUCGUACUGUGCGUGAAGCGGAUGCACCUGUUGAAGCAGUUUCAUACUACCACGUUGCUGCUCAUUCUACUGCGGACGAUGCGCAAAGCGAAUUUGUCCCCAGCAACAGUAUCUCGAAGGGGAAGAACUACCUCCACGACGACCCCACCACCAGCCAGGAACAGAGCUGCGCCUCCAAAAUAUGUUCAUCAUACUCCUACCUGGACCACAGCUCUCAAGUGUUGUACGAUCAGGCUACUGACCACAAAGAGGAAGAAACUCAAAACGUUAGGAAAAGAAAAAUUGAGCAGAUCGAAAAUACUAACGAGAUGAAAAACAGAGGGAAAAAAAAUUUGCAUGCUUUGUCGGAGAGGGAACGUUACCAUGAUACCUUUCCUGAGAUAAGAAAUACCCAAUGUGAAAUUGUAACCUCCGAGGUGGAAGCAGCAAUCGGCAGUUGUCAAGUGAUAGACGUCAUCAGUACGUCAAAUGGGCCAUCCAACGGGCCGUCAAACAGUGCACCAAACGAAGCGUCAAACGAUACUUCGAACGACUCCCUGGCGGUUGGCUCCGGAAAAAACCACUCCGGAAACUCCCACGCCAGCUACAUCUCCGAGACCGACUCCAGGUACAGGAGGUGUGCAGACUCCGUGGAGGAGGUCCUCCCGACGGGGGAAGGGCAGGGGCAACAGAUGCAGCGCGAUGGGGUUGUUGGCAGCUCUGGAGACAGCUUAUCAGGCAACUCCGACAGGGAGGGUUGCAUCCAGGGGGAUGUUUCCCGCGCCGACCAGGAAGAGGUUAACGAGGGGAGUGACCACAGUGCCGUAAGUGGGGACCACCUCCCUCCCUGCCACGCGGAAAAAGCAAACGAGACCACCCAAAACAGCACACGUAACGAUGCUGACAGCGAACAAGGCGACCAAGAGGCCCUCUUCUUCAAGUACAAAGUGAGAAGCGUAUUCGAUAUUAUUAAAGUCAUAUGUUGCCACUUCAUGAGGCACUUCAAGUACACCACCAAGCUAAAAUUCUACAUAACCACAUUUUUAAAUUUCUCCAAAAUCGAAAAAACCAAAUUGCAGUUCAUGCACAAGGAGAGAAUAGUAGACACGCAGUUGCUCAAAAUGUAUAUCAACAAAAAAACGGAAGACGUUAACAAUGCUUGGAAGAUCAACACAUACAAAAUGGACCCACACAAUCUCUUCCGUUUGGGGAAAUUUAAGUACAUUGAUGAUUCUAUUAUUGACUUCUUUCACAACUAUAUCCAUUCCUUUGUUCUAACAAAAGACAAGAGGAAAAAAAACGACAUUUACAUUUUCAACACGUUUUUUUAUAAAAAAAUUGAAUUGUAUGAAGACUCCUGCAAGGCUUACAUGAACACCAAUAGGUGGAUUCAAAAGUUAGACAGGAAGGUCUACGAGUACACCUACGUGUUUGUUCCCAUCAACAUCAGCAACACGCACUGGUCUCUCGUGCUCCUCUACUUCCCCUUUAACGACAACCAAGGGGGGGGACAACAUCAUGAGGAAGUAGCAGCACAAGAAGAAGUAGCAGAGGGAGAAGAAGAAAACAACGCCCAGGAGGCAAGCACACCCAGUGCAGAAGACUCUCCGGACAGAAGCACACCAAGCGAAGAAAAUUCCCUGAAUAGAAGCACGCCCAGCGCAGAAGACUCUCCGAAGAGAAGCACGCCAAGUGGAGAAGACCCCACGAGCAGCAGCUCACCCAGUCACUCCAGCCAACCGAGUGCAGAAGACUCGUCCCCAGACCAUUUACGUGCAUCAUUUAGAAGCAAAUCAUGUGAGUCCUACUUUUCCAAAGAGGCAGGGGGGGCCCUCUCCGAAUCGAACACGUCCAAGAACCACACUUCUCUUUUGAACAAUUAUCUUCAAGGACAAGGCAAUGUGAAUCAUUACCAUGAAAAGAAAGAAGGACACUCCUGCAAGAACGUAAAAAGUGCAAGUGAUUGUGGGGACCACCACACAGAGGAAAUCCCCGCAAAUGAACACAUGACCUCCCUGUUGACAGAUACAAACAAAACGGGUUCUACCAGAACAACCUGCAACGAAACUUCAACCAAAGUAGACGAUCAGCAAAAAAAUGAAAACGUUAAAAUCGCCUACAUGAUUUACCUAGACUCUCUCUUCCCCUCCAUCAGGGGAAAUAAAAUUUUGCACAAGUUGAAAAAGUACCUGGAGUAUAUGCUGCAGCGGGACUACGCAUCUCCCGCGGGGGCAGCCCCCACCGCUACGUAUAACGCUACGUCUAACGCUACCACCACCCCGCGCAUCUUCUUCAAAUUUGUCUACCCUAAUGUUAUCCCGAAGCAAACGAACACGUACGACUGCGGCAUUUACAUCAUCCAGUUCGUUUUGCAUUUGUGUCUGAAUAAGCACCUGGUAGAAAGCGAGUUGAUCAAGUCAUGUCGGGAGAAGGGGAAGAACAGCCCUGCCGGUGAUCGAUUUCACUUCAGGCUUCACAACCAUAGGCGCGAUGUCGGCAGCUCCUACUCGAGGUCAGGUGUGAGAAAGCCCGCCCCGUGGUUCUCCCCCAAGGAUAUUAGCUUAAAGCGCAAGCAAAUGAAGAAAAUGCUCCUCUACAUGAAGAAUGUAGUCGACUGGAAGUCGGACGAACACGUCCAGACCCUCAAUUUGCUUUUUUUGAAGAGUCACAAUAUGGAGUGUACGAGGACCAAAGUGGAAGAUACCUCUACGUGA